AUUGGCAAAAGAGCGACUUCCUGUUGAUACUUGGUUUGGCUCGUCAAUAUAAGAUUUAUAAAUACGCUUUUGUUUUAAGAUUUCCAGUACAUGUCAAUUGGCUUCAUACUUACUUAUGUUCUAAUAGUUUGUUUCCUUGUUCAGUCCAAAAGAUAUAAAUCAUAAUGGCGCAGUUUAUGGAAGUAGGAAUGGAGUUUGAGUCCUUCGAUGCAUUUCAAGCAGCUAUGGAACAAUAUGAGGACACCAACUUCGUUCAAUUUUCAAGAAUGGAUUCACGAUCCGUUGAAAAAGCUCAGGAAAGCUCACUUACAAAAACAUACAAUCCAGAAAUUAAGUUUUCACAGCUACAUUAUGCAUGUACAUUUGGACCCAAAAAAGCAAUGUCCCGUUCUAGUGGAAUACGCAAUGCAACGUAAGUCACAAUUCACAUGGGACUGUAAAUUAGUGUUAAGUACACUGAAGUGUGCCUGGAACUUACAACAUAAUCUAAGCAAACUAUGAGUAUGGUCCAUAGACCACAGUAUGGGUCUGCUUAUUUUUGAACUGGUGUUAUUAAACAAAUUAUGGUGGUAGCAAGCUCUUCAGAAGAUACAUUUUGGCCAGAUGUCAAACAAAUCAUAGAAUGAAAAUGCCAAAUUUAUAUUAGCAUACCCUAAUUGUAAACUGUUAUAAAUUAAAUAUUUUAUUAUAAUAGCACAAAUGGAAAGUUAUUGGUAUUGAUAUCGAUUUAGUAGGUGUGUUCUUCCUAUUAUUAUGAGUUCUUGGCAAUGGUAGGAUUAUGUAACAUUAUGUACCACAAUAUAGGCCUAUGGUAGGCACUUCAGUAAGGCAAGGGAGACUACUUCAAUAUAUGUAUGGGAAAUAGGAAUCGGCGCAGAAGAAUCCAAGUUUUUAAUGUUUGGAGGUUGGUGCUUUUUCAUUGAUAAAACUACUCUUUUGUCUUCCAAAUGUUAACUGUAGUGGCCAUCUUGACCUACAUUUCCAUCAUAAAUUUUUGCCUUUUACAUUGACCCCAAUAUAAGAAAUUCAUGGGUAAAUAUAAGGCAUCUUUCCCUAAAAAUUUAUUAUGAAUUCAAAUUUUAUGUCUUUCAUAUUAAUUCUUACUCUGCAAAAUAUAUUGAAGUAUAUGUGUGCCAAUUUUCAUUGAGCUAGGACAUGUCAGCCAUUAGUUAUGUUCAUGUUAGGGACCAUUAGGUCGCCCUGCCCCAUUUAGACCACGCCCCCUUUUCAAUGGUGGAAAAUGCCAAUACUUUGGAAAUAAUUAAUUAUUACCACUAUUUACAUCAAAAUAUUUGAUAACUUGUGUCUUAGAAUGAACUGAAGUGUAAUUUAAACAAUAAAAUUUUAAUUUGAGGUAAAAAAAACAGGGUAGAGUCCAUAUUAUAAAUGAUCAUAAUUUGCUGUGUGCUAAACGUUGUCAUGGGCAGCCAUUCGUAGUUACUUGCAUAAUAUACUAUCACAGAGUUUCAUUCAUAAAAGUUUGCCGUGUGAAAAAAAUAUUCAACCGUUAGGGAAAGCUUUAAUUAAUUAGCCAUGUGCCAAAGUUGAAAGUUAAAAAAGUAGUCCCUAAACAGUAUUUUAGUUAUAAGGGGAUGCAUUGCUUGUAGAAUGCCUUGACGUCCUCCUCCCAGCACUCACCUCCAUCAUAAAUUCUUCGAUUCUCUCUGGCAUAUUCCCUCCCAUUUUUAAACGGUCGAUUGUCCUGCCCCUCCUAAAGAAACCCUCACUUGAUCCAAACACACUCAAGAAUUACCGCCCCGUCAGCAACCUCUCCUUUCUCUCAAAAAUCAUAGAAAAACUCAUACUCUCUCAGCUCUCUGGCUAUCUUCAUUCUCGCAAUCUCUAUCCUUCCUCUCAGUCCGCCUACCGACUUGGUCAUAGCACAGAAACAGCACUGGUCCGAGUCAUGAGUGACCUCCUGCGCGCGAUGGACGAUGGCAAACUCUCUAUUCUCACUCUGUUAGAUCUCUCUGCUGCAUUUGAUACCAUUGACCACCAGAUUCUUCUUGACCGCCUUCAUCUUUCUUUCGGACUUACUGGCUCAGCUUUAAACUGGUUUCAAUCAUAUCUUUCUGACAGAACUCAAAAAGUCUCUAUUUCCAACCGCUCUUCCAAACCUUCAGCCCUGUCUAUUGGAGUUCCUCAAGGAUCGGUCCUUGGGCCGGUCCUUUUCAUCCUCUACACUAAACCUCUAUCAUCUCUCAUUAGCCACCACUCAGUUUCCAGUCAAUCCUUUGCUGAUGACACUCAAAUCAGUGACUCUUGCUUUCCUGAUCAACUUGAUGCCACAAUCCUUCGCAUACAGGAGUGCGUGGACGAUGUAAAGCGUUGGAUGACUUGCAACAAACUGAAGCUAAAUGAUGAUAAAACGGAAAUCCUUCUCAUCCACUCUCAAAACAAACCUCUCCCUCCAUUCGCUCCUUCUUCUAUAUCUAUUGGCAACUCUGACAUCACACUCUCUCCCUCUGCCAGAAACCUUGGAGUCACGCUUACGGACACCCUCUCCAUGGACAAACAUGUCACGAAUAUAUGCAGAUCAGCAUAUAACGAAAUUAGAAAAAUCAGCACCAUUAGACACCUCCUCUCCUUUGAUGCCACAAAAACUCUCGUCUCUUCACUCAUUCUUUCAAAAUUUGACUACUGUAACAUUCUUCUCUCAGGCAUUCCUCAACACCACAUAGAAAAACUUCAGAAGGCACAGAACUCAGCAUGCAGACUCAUUUUUAAAUUAAAGAAACAUGACCACAUUCAACCACACAUGCGGCAACUCCACUGGCUUCCAAUAUCCUCUCGCAUCAAAUACAAGUCUUCCAAUCUUUGCUUCAACUCGUUCACUGACCCUCACUUUCCUGUCUAUCUCUCUGAACUGUUGCUUCCUUACAUCCCCACAAGACAACUACGUUCUUCCAUUGACAGUAGAACCCUCUCAAUCCCAAGAACUAAAACUAAGACCAUCGGUGAACGCUCCUUCUGCUUCCAUGGGCCCACGUUCUGGAACCAGCUCCCCUUCCAUAUACGUCAUAGUGAAACCUCGUCCAUUUUCAAAAAGUCCCUUAAAACUCAUCUGUUUAGGUCCGCCUAUGACCUGUGAUGCACCCUCCUUGCCCUACCUAAUUUUCUGUUUCGGUUUAAUCCUGAAGUGUCAAAGUGUCCUCUUUUUAUAGCCAUUUUCAUUGUUUCUAUAGAAUAGUAGUUACUAUCCUAGUGUCUCAUUUGUAUUUACUUAGUUUACAUGUUUUAAUAAUUGUAAAGCGCUUAGAGCUUUAUGAUAAGCGCUAUAUAAAAAUGCCUAAAUAAAUAAAUAAAUAUAAACUAUAUAGUCAUUGCGCAUGAUGCGAUCAGUGGAAUAAGGUCACAUGAUGUGGAGGUUUCGUCCAUUGUAAAAAUUACCAAACAAACUGGGACUUUCAAAUUUCGUAGCUCAAAAAGUACUAAAGCUAAAAAGUUGAUUCUGGUUUCAUUUUUGUAUUUGAAAUUAGCUCUAAAUAACUGUAAUAUUUAAAAAAUUAUUUAGAAUUUUUUUUUUUUUUUUACUGAAGUACCUACCUAUAGCUUAUUAAAUUAGAUCUAUCCUUUUUUUUACAACCACUUCACAAGAGGAUUAAACGGUUGCACUUAAUUUCGCUAUCAAACUUAGUCGGCAUUACAUCACCAUUUAAAAUUCAUAUAUGACAUAUGUAUGCUGCUUAGGAGUCAAUACUGACAACCAAAAUGAAACAGGGAUCAUAUUUAUAUUGAUAGAAAAUUAAAAUGUAAGAUGACAUUGAUAGCAUAGAUUGCUUUUACAAAAUUAUGUCACAAGUUUUAAGUCUUUUUGCGCUCCUCCCUCCCCCAAUAAUUUUAAAAUUUCCAAUUAGGUUGGACUGAACUUAAUGCCCAUUUUCUCAAUCUGACUUCAAACAAUGAUUACUCAACUGAAUCUUUUUAUUAAGUAAGAUUUAUUUCUUUUCACAGAUCACGCAAAAUUGAUUGUCCAGUACGUAUCAGGCUAUCAGCAACUCCAGAUGGUCAAAGAUUGGUUAUAAGAGAAAGUAAACUUGAUUGCCACAACCAUGAAGUUACUGAGGUAAGCUAAAAAUUAGUGGAAAAUGACAUCACUUUUUAUUUUUGAUAUCUCCUUAUAAUAAUUAUUUGUAAGUAAAUUAUCUCUGCCUGCCUUUUAAAAUAUUUUUCUUCCAGGAGAAUUAUCAAUAAUAUAUGUUAACAUUUAUUUAAGCUUUUGUACCUGUUAUAUUAUUAUAAAAGUUAAUUUCUCUCUAUAUAUUUAGGAGCAGUACAAGUCUUUGUCACGACAAAAACAGUUAGAUGAGGAAACAGAGAAUGAGAUCUACAAUUUAAUAAGCAUGCAUGAAGAUAAAAGGCUAGCUAGAAUGUUGAUACGGGAUAAGCUUACAAAAGAGACUGGCAGAUCGAUAUCAGUGAAAGAUAUCCUAAACAUUGAAAAGAGGGUGGCAAAAAGACAUGAAAACCAACAAGAGUAUGUCAAUAAUUAUUUUUAAAAUGGUUAUCAUUCUUUUAUAUAUAUUUUUGGUGUAAAUUACUGAAAUUGUGUGGGUGCUGAAGAAUAUUAAAUUUAAUUAAAUUAUUUAAAAAAAAUUAUUAUCAAUUUCCAUGAUCAAUUUAUUGAGCUUGCUCAUAUUCCUCGAUGUAUAUUGGCUUGUAUUUUCCAUUGGCCUGUAUGUAGAUUUUGUAUUGUGUUUUGUAUUUUUUUGCGCUUUGAGGCUUAAUUAGGGAUGAAGCAUGUUUUGAAAUGAACCAUAUUAUUAUUAUUAUUAUUUGCAUUGAGCCAGUUAAGACCGCUCGGCCACCCAGUACCUUACUUUAUCAGUGUUUAUUAUAGGUUCAAGUUUAAUUUUGUUUUGCCACUUUUCAUCAGCUCCUCUGAUAAGAAAGUUGUCUCCGAUGAUCAGGAAGGUGAAGAAAAGGAACAAGAUGGAGAAAGCACACAUGAAAAGGACAAUGAUACUCAUGAAGAAUCUCAAGAUGAAGAAAGUGAAACAAGUCAAAAGGUAUUUUAUAACAAAGUUUUGAAUUAUUUAUGAACCCACGUACUGUCAUAAGGGCUGAUCAUCUACGGCCAAUAUAAUGAGCCUCUACUAAAAUUAAUAUAAAUGCAAAUAAGAAGUUUUACAGUUUUUUUUAUAGGGGGAUAACUCUAUCAGCUAUACUAGAUCUAAUUGUGGAAGUAGAUGAAAAUAAGCUACUAAUGAACUUAAUAGCAUUGUAUUAAGAAAUAUCUUGGUCACCAAUGGAACUUUUUAAAAAUUUAUAUAAACCUCAACUUUUUAUUUUCUAAACUGAAAGGAUGAUGACUUUUGUGUCUGAAAAACCUGUUUAACUAAUAAAAGGACCCAGUAGUCAGGUUGGGUGUGAGUUGAAGAAAAAUGAACAGUAACACAAUUAAUUUUACACACAAGAGGUCAAGGUCAUAUUCUUUUCACAUAACUCACAGAAUUCUAAAAUUAAUACCAUAUGAUUCCUUGUCCAAUUUACUCUCAGAAUAUCUAUAAUUAUAUUUUUGUCAUUUUCUGUUAAUUUUGGGUAUUUUAAUGAUGCAAAUCAAAGUUAAUUUUAAAAAAAAAAGAGUUUACACCACAGCACAUUUGCCUUUGACAGCUCAUGGGUUCAAUACUAUUUUCGGGGUUGAUAUCCAAAUAAAAUUCAAUUUAUUUAAGUUUCUGAAGGAAGUAAAUCCCAUGUGUGUGUUACUUUGACCAGCUGAAGACUAAAUAAGUCAUUUUAGUGUUUCCAUAUUUUACAAGAUUUCAGAUAUCAUUGAAAAACAAAGUUUGCUACUUUUUAAUUCAAUUGUGACGGUGCAAAUUUGAAAUAUAAUAUUAAGAAGUAAUCUAAAUGUUAAGAAUAAGAAGCACUAAAGUUUUGAAAAUCUAAAUAACUUCUCCUCCCCCACAGAAACCAACAAAGAAAUCUAAACCAGCCACAUCACCAGGUCGACCUCAGCGGAACAGGCGAGAGCCAAGAAGAUUUCGUGAUGCCAUAGAAAAUGGGGAGAAGGUUCUGCACACAUCCAGAAAUAAUGUUGUAUCCAUUGUCUCUCCGGAUGAACUGGACGAUUUUGAAUCCAACUCAAACCCAGCAUCCACCUCCAAGAAAUUGAAUCAUCCCAUAAAACAGGAAACAAGAGGGAGGAAAAGAAAGAUACGAACCGUGUCUGAAGAUUCUGAACCAGAAAUAAAAGCUGAUUAUGAGGAACGAAAGCUUGCCAUUAAAGAAGAAUUGCUGGAAAUGGAAAAGAAAAAAAUGAAAGUUUUGCAAGACAUUGUAAAAAAACUGGACAAGAUCAUAGAAAACCAGAAAAAGAGCUAGAAUACCAUAUCAUCUCCUUUAAAAGUACUUUUUCUGUAUUUGUUGAAAUAAUGUAUAUAGUGUAUACUGUUAAGUUUUGAAACAAUUUAAUACAUUUCAGUCAGCCAUCUGCUUAUUGACAAAAUAAUGUGUGUAAAAUGUUCAUUUAAAAUUAUGUGACUUAAAACCCACUUAAUAUAAGCUUUUAGGUCGUUAGUAUCUAUUGCCUUUUUACAUUUACACUAGUUGUACUUUGAUUUUAAAACAACUGUUAAAUGGCGAUACAACUUGUUCAAUUAGAUUUCUCUGUCAUGUUAAAAAGGGCAAAGGAUAAUAAAAUUGAUUGUGAGAUAUUAUAGUUGACCUGAUGUUGAUAGUGAGAUCAAAACUGAUAUGUAGCAUUAAGUUCUACCAAUGAAUCAACUGGGAACAUAAACUGAUAAACUCUAUAUUUCCUCACAAUGGUCAAUAUUUAUUUUACAGUAAAGUAAGGUCCUUUUGAAAUUUUUGACAAGUUCUGUUAAAUGUUAAUUGAUUUUUAUAAUUUAUGUAACAUACAAUUACAAUGAUUAAUGUUAAAAAUUUGCAUCAUAAAAUUUUUAUCUUCAGAAUUUAGGGUAAAUUUGCACAAAGUAAGGAUUCAUCUAGAAUAAUAUAUUUAAAAUGAAAUGUGCUCAUGCUUAUAAACUAUAGUAUAUUCCUUUUAAUUUGUUUGGCCAAUAUUUCUAACAAAUUUAUGAAUCAGAUAAUUUGAGUAUAUAUUUAUUAUAGUUAUAAUAGAUUACUGUAAUGUAUUUUGACGUGAACAUAUUCCAAACAGUGUUUCUCUUUUAAAAUUGAAAUUUCAAAUUAUUCAUUUCAUGAAAGUUGACCUAAAUUGAUUAGCACGUAUCAUUUUAACAAUUCUCAUUUCAAUUGAAAGUUUUUUUCAAUAUGAUCAAAUUCUGGCAAAAUACAGUCUGGCAGCUUUUCAAUCUUAGUUUUUUGUUGUAUUUAUAAACAAAUGUUUUCUGUUUAAAAAAAGGGAGUAUUU